CGACUGGGGGGGUAGGCUCCAAAAAUGAAGCUAAAAGAUGCAAAAAGAUAUUUUCGAGAAUAUAUCUUCGUAAGAUUGGUCUCCAGAUAUAAGAAAACCGAGCUCUGCGCUCUCGACAACAAGAAUCGAUUUUCGCAUGAAUGUAGGCACCAUUUAUUUAGAUAUACACUUUUUCAUCUUUGUGGCAUGUAGCAACAAUAAUAUAGUGGUAUGCCGAAACCCCCGUCCUUGAAUGACCUUUACAUGACACUAGAUCAAAAGCUAUUUACAUGAAGUACCUAGAGUCUUGUAGGUGUAAAAAACAUUCGAAACAGUUGAUCAUUUAACUUGUUUGCAAAAUAAAACUAUGACUCUGUCUUUGAAAAGAGAAGAUGUCAAUGGGAAACAGAUGAAGCCCUAUGAUACUCCACAGACCCCAAUGUUUUGUCCUGUUGAUCUCAUGGCUUGCAUCCUUCUAUAUCCUCUGGAUUGUCUUUUGUAAGCUGGAUAACACUAACUUUUUUAAAGCAGAAACAUAUCGUGGAGAGAAAAAUUGGUAUAACGAUGAGACCGCAGAAAGGAAUCACUCGAAACGCGAUAAAGUCGUCACAGAGCAGCCCAUCAGCAUGCCUCUUAGAAAUUCCUCUUACAAAGUCAGUUCUUUACCAGUUGGCGAAGAUAUUGAUGUCGGCAAGGAGCUGGAAAAGAUCUAUGCCAAACAGCGAUGCAAGCCGGUUGAGAAUAUUCUGUUUAUCAAGACACACAAGACUGGUAGCAGCACUGUAACGAACAUCCUCAAUAGAUUUGGUGAUUUACGGGAGCUGCGAAUGGCAAUACCAUCUGCUGGAGACUACAGGUUUCAAUGGCCGUCAAAAUUUCAUUGGACGUUCGCAGACUUGCUACGGUUAGAUGGCGAAACAGCUAACAUAUUCUGCAAUCAUGCACGCUACAAUAGAGAACAAAUGGAUGUGAUAAUGAAGAAGAACACAAAAUACAUAACAAUUCUUCGUGAACCUAUAUCGCAGUUCGUUAGCUCUUUCCAUUAUUUUGAAAUCGACAAAAUACUUGGACUGCGGCAUCACAAGAAUCCUAUUGAGGAGUUCCUCAAGGAUCCUGACAAGUACCUCUACUCUUUAUCAAUGAGACUUGGUGAUCUACCAGAUGUUAUGAAUCUCAUUCAAAGUGGAAUGAUGUACGACCUUGGUUACGACUUUCUUGAGUUUGCCCAUUCACAAGUAGUUAAAAAUGCUAUCAAGAAACUUGAAAACGAGCUGGAUCUCGUUCUGAUCUUAGAAUAUUUCGAUGAAAGCCUCGUUUUGAUGAUGCGGCAAUUUUGCUGGGAUUUUGAUGAUAUUUUGUAUAUAAAAAUGAAUGCAAUGAAAUAUAAAAAGCGAAAACUAAAUAGUAAAACAAGAGAACAAAUCUUGAAAUGGAAUGCCGCUGAUGUUGCUUUGUAUAAACGAUUUAAUCAAACUUUUUGGGAUAAAAUUCGCAAACAAGGCAAGGAAUUUUGGGAUGACGUAGCUGAGUUUAAGAGAAGAAAUGCUGAUGUUAGAGAGAUAUGCUCCCCAGCUGAGGUCGAACAGAAGGCAUUUCGUCUAAACGUAACGAUCAAGAGUCUUGUUUUGGGACAAAAAGUUGACCGCUUUCACCGGUCGUUUUGCAGCAAACUGAUGAUGGACGAAGUGGAUUAUUUGGACUACUUUCGGUACAAAUUUGGGAGAAAUUAUGGCUACCAGAAAAUACUGGCAAGAGAGGGCUUUGAUUUGAAGAAGACUGGAGAACUGAGAGAGAAACUCCAGAAAAUGAGGAGACGAUCAGUGAAAAUUAUUUUGUGAAAAUUCUAGGACUCGGUGAAUGAAAUAGUUGUAUGUGCACAGCUAGUUCGAAGAGAUGUAAUUGCAUCGUCCUUCGUUGGCACCUUUGCGCAGUUUAUCAAAGACUGCAGUGCAGUAAAUAGCCAAUGCUGAAAUUUAAUCAAUAGUGCAAACGUUCAUCGGCUAGGUUUUUAUUUUUUGAAAUAGAAAGGAAAGAUAUGAGAUGCGUCUUUGCUGUGAAAUAAAAGAAUCAGGGAAAGGGGGUCAAAUAGUUAAACCCCCAAACUUCGACGAUCGAAUGAAUUUUUGAAGAUGCCUUAGCUUUUGGCCUUUAGAGCACGAAUUGGUGCUCAAAGUUUAUAAAGGUUUCUAUCUUAUAGCAAAUCUAAGGUGACUGCAAUGUAUAUUUAUACUCCGUAUACCUUUAGUAGAAAGGUAAAAUGUACAGAAGUUACAAAUGAUAGCUAAGUAACCAUUACAAAUUUUUAUUUAAUGGUCUUUUUUAUACCUUUCUUAUGAUGUAUUGAAAUUGUUUAUGUUUAGAUGCAAGAACAUUGUUGACUUUGUAUUGAACCAUUUUCGAAAGAACAAAGUUUUAAAGAAAUAGCGUUUGUAUCUUCUUGAGCUUUUAUGAUCAGCUAGUUGUGUCGCAAUUGUGUGUAUAGCUUCUAUUCUUUUUAUGAA